AUGUCAACUGUAACUGAAACGGCGCAAGUCUUGGUUGACAACACCAAGGAAAAGCUUGGUUCAGCCACUUCCAAGCACCGGGAACCGUUGAAGCUCAGUGGUGUCCUUGAUCAGUACGAGCAUUUUGAUGUCACACCGGUGAUCGGUAGAGAAUUUCCCAAUGCGAACCUGAAGGAGUGGCUCGAAGCGCCUAACUCCGAUGAGCUGUUGCGGGACUUGGCAAUCACAAUUUCGCAGCGCGGCGUUGUCUUCUUCCGGAAACAAGAUGGCAUCACAAACGAGCUUCAGAAACAGCUUGUCCUCCGCCUUGGCCAGCUUUCUUGGAACUCUGACAAGCCGAAGACCUCCGGCCUCCACAUUCACCCUGUUUCAAAUAGUGGCCGAACUUUGGGAGGCAAGGACGAUGAGAUCAGCGUGAUCUCCUCGGAGCAACAGAAGAAGCUUUACGCCAACACGCCUUACAGAAAGAAGCAGAGCCACGCCGACGGAUGGCAUUCAGACAUCACUUUCGAGCCAGUUCCCAGUGACUACGCCCUGCUCCGCUUGACAGAGCUCCCCAAGACAGGUGGUGACACUCUCUGGGCGUCCGGCUAUGAGGUGUACGACCGCCUCUCUCCGCCAAUCCAGAAGCUCCUCGAGUCUCUCACCGGCACCUACGCGCAGCCAAUCUUCCAGGAAGCCGCCAAGAACAACAACUUCGAGCUCUACAGCAAGCCGCGCGGCGCCCCCGAGAACGUCGGCACCGAUCUCACUGCCACCCAUCCCAUCGUGCGGACGAACCCGGUCACGGGCUGGAAGUCCGUCUUCGCCGUCGGCCACCACGCCAAGCGUAUCAACGAGCUGACCGAGGAGGAAUCUGAGACGUUCUUGAAGUGGUUCGUCCGUUUGAUUGUCGACAACCACGACUUGCAGGUCCGUCACCGCUGGCAGAACUCCAACGACCUCGCCAUCUGGGAUAACCGUAGCGUCUACCACACUGCCACGUACGACUACGACGGGCUUGGACCGAGGACCGGCCAGCGUGCAGUGAGCUUGGGCGAGAGGCCUUACCUUGACCCACAGAGCACAAGCAGGAGAGAGGCGUUGGCCAAGCAGGCGUCUGCGGAGGUGAAGGUGACCGAAUCUUGA